AUGACCACUAAAUGGUCUUUAGUACCUGUUCUGCUGGUAUUAUAUGGGUUUACGAAGGAUUUUAAACCAGGCGAACCGUUUCUCUUCAAAUAUCAAACCGACUUCCUGAAUCUCACCGAACACGAGCUCAAUGGCGAGAUUUACCCAUACUGGACAUACAGCUAUUUGAUAACGCUCAUCCCGAUAUUUCUGCUUACUGAUUUGCUGCUUUACAAGCCGGUCCUUAUUCUGGAGAGUAUUGGCUAUAUGGUGUUACUUGAGAAAAACUUUUUGGAUUGCAGAAUCACGCUAGUAUUCGGAUGGGGUGUGUUCUCACAGCAAAUCGGAAUGGUUUUCUAUGGGAUUGCAUCGGCCGCCGAGAUUGCAUUCUAUUCCUAUAUUUAUGCAAAAGUUGAAAAGCACGAUUAUCAGCGGUUCGAUGAGUUGUUUUUAAAGCCUGAAAUUUUCAAUGAUCUCGUUUAA